AUGAAUAUACCCCUUGCUAAUGUAGCCGACGAUGAGGAUUUGCAAUGGUUUAUGUUUGUUCACACAGAAGCGGCGUUGUAUGUAAUUGCAGAUGAAUAUAAUGCUGGAGAGCAUGAACUGCAUGUCGAAGUUGAGCAUUUGUUACCAAUAGAAGAUGCAUUGUGUGGACGCGAUGAAAUCGGUAUGUGCGAACUACAAGAGCCACAAACGAUUAAUAAUAUGGAUGAAAGUUUAGGUGAAGGCAAUUUGUUUAUUCGAAAUGCAAUUGAGUCGAUUGAUGAAGAGGAUAUUGUGGAGAAUCAGAUAUUCUUUAGCAAACAACAGUUCCACACUAGGUUUCAACUUAAGGCUUUGAAAGAGAAGUUUCAUUUCAAGGUUAAAAAGUCGAAUCCUAGAUCUCUUAUUGUGUGUUGUGUCGAUACUACAUGUCAUUGGCUAGUACGAGCUUCUAAGACAAAAACUUCAAAAAUAUUUACAAUUCGAGAGUACAUACCUGAGCACACAUGUUCUCUAGACGUUCGACGAAAUGUAAAAAUUCACGCAACGAGUGCAGUAAUUGGGCAUCACAUAAUGCGAAGGUUGGAUGAUGCAAACCAAUCAUACGUUCCUGCGAGUAUUAUUGGGGAUAUGGAACGUGAGUUUGGUGUACAGAUUACCUACAACAAAGCGUGGAGGGCUAAAGAGAAGGGACUUCGAUUUCUUCGUGGUACACCCGAAGAAAGUUUCCAGAAAUUGCCAUCAUAUUGUCACAUGUUAAUCGAGAAAAAUUCAGGAACUAUUGCACACAUUGAACUCGACUCGAAUAAUAGGUUCUUGUACUUCUUCUUAGCGUUCGGGCCUAGUAUACGUGAUUUUCGAGAAUACAUGAGGCCAGUAAUUUGUGUUGAUGGAAGUCAUUUGAAUGGCCAAUAUAAGGGAACACUACUAGUAGCUGCAUUGAAAGAUGUCGUUGAUGAUUCAAACCAGCUAGUGUCUAUGUCAGACAGGUUGAAGAGUAUUAAGCGGGCAAUUACGAGGUAUAGCAGUAGUAAUGCCAUCAUCUUAUUCAAGCGGGCAGUGCUAGCAUACCGCGUAUCGGAAUUUGAUCAGUUCAUGACACAGAUAAGAACCAUUCAACCGUCAAUGGCAUCUUACUUGGAACGUGCCGGUAUAUCCACCUGGUCACGAGCAUAUUUUGUUGGUAAUCAGUACAACGUUAUGAUAAAUAACAUUGCGGAGUCACUGAAUUCAGUCCUAAGGCGACAAAGAAGUUUCCCUAUAACCUCGUUGAUCGAAAAUAUUACGUCAUUGAUGCAACGAUGGUUCUACGAGAGAAAAAGUGCAUCCACGAAAUGUAGUACGACUGUGACACCAAAAAUUGAUAAUGAAUUGAGAAAAUCAUUCGACACCAUUGCAACUUUACCAGUACGAAAUUUGGACGAACUCGUUUUUAAGGUAGGUAUAGCUACCGAACUUUGUACUGUCGACCUUAUAGGUAACACAUGUUCAUGUCGAGAGUUUCAGAUGCGACAAAUCUCAUGUUCACAUGCAUCCCGAGCUACUUGCGCAAAAGAAAAAUCAUUGUAUGAUUUGUACUCCCCUUACUACACCACAGAAUAUUGGCAAGCUGCGUGCAACGAAGUUCUUCACCCCGUUGGCCGAGAGUCAGAUUGGGUUGUUCCUCAAUCUAUUCGUUCCGUCGAAGUUUUGUCCCCGAAUAUAUGUAGAGCACCAGGUCGACCUCCUACCCAACGUCAACGGUCAAGAACUGAAAGGUCGACGUUGAGACGAAAAUGGGGCUGA